AUGUCGUGGCACCUGCUUGUAUUCCUGUCGCUGAUACUGUGUGCGAGUGCUGCCACCUCAGACGUGCUCGCUGUCCAACGUUAUGAUCCUCCAACUAGCCGCUUCGCAUAUGUGACUGUGCACUACGAAGGCACGAGCCGUGACGCUGAGUACGUUCUUGGUGUACAAGUUAUGAUGCAUUCAAUUAAGCUCACGGGCUCACCGUACGAUCUGGUCGUGCUGGCAUCUGACUCUGUCUCUGAGAAAAGUAAGUCGCUUUUUCGUUCUAUGGGCUGCCGGGUUUUGGACGUGAUCAACAUCGAUAAUCCAUUUGUGGGAGGCACUUUACGGAACAAAGGUUUUAUCUACACACUCAACAAGUUGCACGUAUGGAACAUGCUCGAAUACGAACGCGUCGUGUAUCUUGAUGCAGACAACGUGCUGAUCCGUAAUGCCGACGAGCUAUUUCUUUGUGGAGAGUUCUGUGCAGUCUUUAUGAACCCGUGCCACUUUCACACUGGUCUUCUUGUCGUCACGCCUUCCAGUUCAGAAUAUGAGCGACUUUUGAAUGCUCUAGGGCAUUUAGAAAGCUUCGAUGGUGCUGACCAGGGCUUUCUCUCUUCAAUGUACAGCAAGAUGCUCCGCAAAGCAAAGCUGUUCACACCAAUGAAGUCUUCAUACACGGGUGCCAUUGUGGAGAUCAAGAAGCCGGAACCAAAGGGUAUGCGACUGCCUGUUGGAUACAACAUCAAUCACAAGUAUUUUUAUGAGCAAUAUCACUGGAAACUAUAUUAUCUGCGCCAAUUCGCCUCGAUGACUUCGCCCAUUAGCCCCGUUAAAGUCGUUGUCGAAUCAGCCAGAAGCAUUCCAGCACUCACAGUUGGAUACCCUAUGGCUUCGAUACUCAAGCCUUGGUACUGGUGGGCGGGUUUUUUCAUGGACUUGCAUGGCGUGUGGCACGACAUCCGCGCGACACUACCAGCUUCGCAAGAGCGUUACGGAGCGGAAGAAGCCAUCAAGACCCUACUUGGCUUUUUUAGCUCGCUCGCUCUUCUCACAGCUGCGUUAUAUGCGCUCAAAAUUACUUUACCUAUGCGGCAGAUCCAGCAGCGAUGCACGGACUUGACCAUGCGUAACAAUAAGCAAGCUCGAUAUGCUUAUAAAGCAUUUCGUAUCGCACUUGUUGUCUUGGCCUUCCGUAUUGCUCCCGCCCGCGUGCACCCCUUGACUCCUGUAAACUACGGCUAUGGUCUCAUGAUUUUUAUGAACGUAUUCAUGCACAUUUACUUCGCCUGUGUGAUCUCCAACUUCUGGGAUCCACAUCAAGAAGUUUCUAUGCCACCGGUGCUUUACGUGACGCGAUUUUGGCUAUACGUAGCGCUCACAGUAAUAUUUGAGAUUUUUGUGGUUUGGUUCAGCACGUGGAACGUGUUUACAAACGUACUUUGGCGCCUAUUUUCGAUAUUUUGGUCACUUUUCCUUUGUGCGUACUGGCAAACUUCGUUUUAUCGCGCCGUGCUUUGUGCUGAAUUCGGUGGCAAAAAGGAGCAGCUUCGAAGUCUUUAG